CUGUGCCACAGUGACGCUGCUGCCGCGCGCUUCACACCGUUUAACGCAAGGAAGAAAGCGCGCGACGGGAUCGAAUUCUCCGCGGAUGCGCGCGCUCCCUGUGUGACGACCAAUGCGAUAGUGACCUAACGAAGCCCCAACCGCCGCCGCAACUCUACCCGGGCCUUCCUGUGUUCCCCCGGAGCUUGUGCGCGGGCAGUCGGCAGCGGCCCGGACGCGCCCCGAUGGCGGCGGAGGGGGAGGCGGAGGCGGAGGCGGACGUGGAGUGGGUAGUAGACAGCAUCGCCGGCUUCCUGCGCGGGCCCGCCUGGUCCAUCCCCAUCCUGGAGUUCCUGGAGCAGAAGUGCGCGGCACAUAGAGACAUUCUGCUUGGAGGAAAUACAGGAGGUACUAUUGCACAGUGGAAAGGGUUCUCCUCAUCACACCUACCUGCAGAAAUGGGAGAUAUUCCAGAUAUGCUGCCAAUCCACGGAUGUCACCUCUAUCCUGGCAGCAAUUGCUACCUUCCACCAGGAGGUGGAAGACUAUUUGAUUGUCUCUCACCUGACUACAAAGAAAAAGUUUUUGAUGAUGAAGAAGAAAGCAAGUUGUCCUAUACGGAGAUUCAUCAGGAGUACAAAGCUCUGGUUGAAAAACUGCUAGAAGGUUAUCUUAAGGAAAUUGGAAUUAAUGAAGAAACAUUUCAAGAAGCGUGUUCAUCUCCUCUUGCAAAGUCACAUACAUCACAGAUUUUUUUCCCCCCAAAGGCCAUUUUGCAACCAGUGUUGGCAGCAGAAGAUUUUAGAUUAUUUAAGGAAAUGAUGGUACAGAAAAACAUUGAAAUGCAGUUGCAAGCCAUUAGAAUCAUUCAAGAAAGAAAUGGUGUGCUACCUGACUGUUUGACAGAUGGUUCUGAUGUGUUCACUGAAAUUGAACAACAAGAAAUGAAAAUACUCAGAGAGGUUCUUAGGCAGUCUAAGGAAGAGUAUGAAAUGGAGCAAGAAAGGAAAAGGUCUAAAGAGACACAUGAUAAAUUGAAGUCAUCAGAUGUUACAUACGGCUGUCCCGGAUAUUCAAGAGAAGCAAAAGUUAAGGAAUCCACUGAAGAUAUUGAGAGAGUUGAUGAUUUUGAAGAAAUUGCAAAAUUAUCAUUAGAAGAAACAAACAAACCUACUAAGGAAGAUUUAAGGCCCGUGCAUCCUCUACUAAGAGUGAUAGAACCUCCUCCGCAGCCUUCUGAGCCUACCAAAGUGAAAGAAGAAAUUAAGAAAAAGGGAACUGGAAAUUGUUCAGAGAAUGCAACAAGAGAAGCUGGGCCUGAGGGAUUUAAUUUAUCAGAGUUUGAACCGCACCACCUCAGACAACGAGAAGACUAUUUAAAACAGAAGCGAGAUACACUGAUGGCUAUGAAGAAGGAAUCAAGAAAUAAUCUACCACCACCAAAUAUAGAUCAGAAAGAAGAGGCAUUAUCUUCUAAAGAGGAAAUGUCAGAAGAGGAGCAGCAAAGACUACUGCUAAAGAGGAGAAUGCUUGCAGCAAAACUUAAAGAAGAAGUUAUUAACAAACGCUAAGUUUUAAGACUCUCAUUGUAAGAAUACUUGUGGACAAGAAUUGAAUUUCUUUUAGAAUAAAUUAUUUAACCAUAAA